AUGGCCACCACAUUUCCCGCUCUACCUAUCGUUGAUUUAUCUCCUCUGAAAUCCUCCCAUGAGUUGGGAGCAGAGCAACAGAAGGACCUGGCAAGCCAGCUAUACAAUGUCUUCGCCACUACGGGAUUUGCCUACCUAUUAAAUCAUCCCUUGAGUUUCGAUCACCAAGUGCUUUUCGACAUCAGUAGAGACUUCUUUGCUCUCCCAACGGAGGAGAAGAUGAAGUACUUUCCGAUGCAACCGGAUCUUGCCAGCGAUAACCUAAAAGAGGGUUUUGAGAUCGGGCCUCAAAAGUCCAUUCCGCAGACACCGGCAUCAAACAGUAUAUCCAACGCCACUCAUUUGCCGAAAAUCAAUCUCUCAGAACCCAACGUCUGGCCCGCACCAGCUGUAUUUCCCUCUCGUGCAAAACUCGAGCUGCUCCACAACGAACUGCAAGCCCUUGCAUCAACCUUACUCUCCCUCCUCGCCAUCUCGCUUGGUUCUGAUGCCGAUGCCGAUGUCCAUCCCGAUCCCCUGAAGCUCAGCUGCACCCCGCACACGGACAGCGGUAUCCUUACCUUGCUUCAUCAGGAUGCGACAGGGGGUCUGGAGGUUCAAAACGCAGAUGGGAAAUGGGUUGCUGCGCCGUAUGUUCCCAAAUCCAUCGUUGUGAACAUCGUUGAUUUGAUGGCGAAAGUGUCUUGCGGGCGGUUCGUGGCUACCAUGCACCGUGUACGCGCUCCUCCCGCGACCGCGCCUACAUCUAUAAGUGCAUCUUCUGCAAAUGCUGCCGCUGCGAUGCAGCAGUCUGGCAGAUUUAGCGUGCGGUUUUUCUUCGAGCCUGGCGAGAAAUGUCUUAUCAAGUCGGUCGAUGAUGAGCUUGGCGUUGACGCGGUUGUGUAUGGGGAGCAUGUGAGGGCUAAGAUGAAGACGUGGGUUGAGUUUCAAGAUCUUUGA